CGAAAACGGUGCGGCCAUUAGCGCGUCUUUCCGUAUUAAAUCAUCGUGUUAUCAUUUUGUGCAGUGAAAAUGGAUUAAAAAUUCGUUCUUCACGAAGAAGUAAAAACCAUUUUAAGGCGCGUUCUUCGGUGGUUUCGCGGUGGUGUUGCGGCUGAGGGUUGAACUAAAAUUGCAUCGCCCAAACCCCGGAAAUGUAUCUGUACAACUUCAUUCUGCAGCGUGCCACCGGCAUCACGCACGCGGUGCACGGAAGCUUCGCCGGCACGAAGCUGCAGGAAAUCCUGCUGGCCAAGGGCAAGGGUUUGGAGUUGGUGCGACCGGACCCGAACACGGGAAAGGUCCACACGCUACUGCAGACCGAGGUUUUCGGUGUGGUCCGAUCGUUGAUGUCCUUCCGGCUGACGGGUGGUUCUAAAGAUUAUGCCGUCAUCGGGUCGGACUCGGGGCGCAUCGUCAUUCUGGAGUACAAUCCGGUGAAGAACCUGCUGGAAAAGGUACACCAGGAAACGUUCGGCAAGUCGGGCUGCCGGCGCAUCGUUCCGGGCCAGUAUCUGUCGAUCGAUCCGAAGGGGCGCGCCGUGAUGAUCGGUGCGAUUGAGAAGCAAAAGCUCGUGUACAUUCUGAACCGCGACUCGGAGGCCCGUCUAACGAUCUCGUCCCCGCUGGAGGCACACAAAUCGAACACCCUCACCUACCACAUGGUGGGCGUGGACGUUGGGUUCGAGAAUCCCAUGUUCGCCUGCCUGGAGAUCGACUACGAGGAAUCGGACACGGAUCCGACGGGGGAAGCGGCCGCAAAAACGCAGCAAACGCUCACGUUCUACGAGCUCGAUCUCGGGUUGAACCACGUGGUGCGCAAGUACUCGGAACCGCUCGAGGAGCACGCCAACUUUCUGAUCUCGGUGCCGGGAGGCAACGAUGGACCGUCGGGGGUGCUGAUCUGCUCGGAGAACUACCUGACGUACAAGAACCUGGGCGAUCAGCAUGACAUCCGGUGUCCGAUACCGCGCCGCCGUAACGAUCUGGACGAUCCCGAGCGGGGCAUGAUCUUCAUUUGCUCCGCGACGCACCGCACCAAGUCGAUGUACUUUUUCCUGGUGCAAACGGAACAGGGAGACAUCUUCAAGGUGACCCUCGAAACGGACGAUGACGUGGUGUCGGAGAUUAAGCUCAAGUACUUCGACACCGUUCCGCCCGCGACGGCAAUGUGCGUGCUGAAGACGGGCUUUCUGUUUGUGGCGUGCGAGUUCGGCAACCAUUACCUGUACCAGAUCGCCCACCUGGGUGACGACGAUGACGAGCCAGAGUUUAGCUCGGCCAUGCCGCUGGAGGAGGGCGAUACGUUUUUCUUUGCACCGCGUCAGCUGAAGAAUCUCGUGAUGGUGGACGACAUUCCGUCGUACGCACCGAUCCUCGGCUGUCAGGUGGCCGAUUUGGCGAACGAAGAUACGCCGCAGCUGUACCUUGCAUGCGGUCGCGGUCCCCGAUCGUCGAUUCGGGUGUUGCGGCACGGGCUGGAAGUGUCGGAGAUGGCCGUAUCGGAGCUACCCGGUAACCCGAACGCCGUGUGGACCGUGAAGAAGCGAAUUGACGAUGAAUUCGAUGCGUACAUCAUAGUAUCCUUCGUGAACGCCACGCUUGUGCUCAGCAUCGGUGACACGGUCGAGGAAGUGACGGACAGUGGCUUCCUCGGAACGACCCCGACCCUGUGCUGCAGUGCGCUCGGCGAUGAUGCCCUCGUCCAGGUGUACCCGGACGGCAUUCGGCACAUCCGGGCCGACAAGCGUGUGAACGAGUGGAAAGCCCCGGGCAAGAAGACGAUCAUGAAGUGUGCCGUCAACCAGCGCCAGGUGGUGAUCGCGCUUUCCGGUGGCGAGUUGGUUUACUUCGAAAUGGAUCCGACUGGCCAGCUGAACGAAUACACCGAGCGCAAGAAGAUGCCCAGCGAAGUGAUGUGCAUGGCACUCGGAUCCGUACCCAGCGGUGAACAGCGAUCGUGGUUUUUGGCCGUUGGUUUGGCCGACAACACGGUGCGCAUCAUUUCGCUUGACCCCACCGACUGCCUGUCACCCCGCUCGAUGCAGGCCCUUCCAUCGGCGGCCGAAUCGCUGUGCAUCGUCGAGAUGGGCACAGUCGAGACGGCCGCGUCGGACGAUGACGAUGGCCCAAUGAAGACGGCCGGGUGCAUCUAUCUCAACAUCGGCCUUACGAACGGUGUGCUGCUCCGUACCGUGCUCGAUCCCGUGUCGGGUGAUUUGGCCGAUACACGCACGCGUUACCUCGGCUCGCGACCGGUCAAACUUUUCCGCAUCCAAAUGCAAGGCUCGGAGGCCGUGCUGGCCAUGUCGAGCCGUUCGUGGCUCAGCUACUACUACCAGAACCGGUUCCAUCUGACACCGCUUUCGUACGAAACGCUCGAGUACGCGUCCGGGUUUUCGAGCGAACAGUGCUCCGAAGGUAUUGUGGCCAUUUCGACGAACACGCUGCGAAUUUUGGCGCUCGAGAAGCUCGGGGCCGUGUUCAAUCAGAUCACGUUCCCGCUGGAGUACACUCCGAAGCGGUUCGCGGUGCACGUCGAGACGGGCAAACUGAUCAUCAGCGAAACCGAUCACAACGCGUACACGGAAGAGACGAAGAGUGUCCGCAAGCGCCAGAUGGCGGACGAGAUGCGUGAAGCGGCCGGUGACGACGAGCAGGAACUGGCCAACGAAAUGGCGGACGCCUUCGUCAACGAGGUGCUGCCGGAGGAUGUGUUUUCGGCACCGAAAGCCGGAACCGGCAUGUGGGCGUCGCAAAUCCGCGUGAUGGACCCGAUCAACGGGCACACGUACUCGAAGGUGCAGCUGGCCCAGAACGAGGCCGUCCUGUCGCUCGCCCUGGUGCGAUUUGCAGUCGAUCAGAAGUGGUACGUGGUGGCGGGUGUGGCGAAGGAUUUGCAGAUCAAUCCGAAAGUGAGCAACGGUGGGUUCAUCGAUGUGUACCGGGUUGAUGGGCAAACGCACCAGUUGGAGCACAUGCACCGGACGGAGAUUGACGAUGCGCCCGGAGCGCUCUGUUCGUUCCAGGGCCGCCUGUUGGCCGGCAUCGGCAAGGUGCUGCGUAUUUACGAUCUCGGCAAAAAGAAGCUGCUGCGCAAGUGCGAAAAUAAGCACAUUCCCAACCAGAUCGUCAACAUUCAGGGCAUGGGCCAGCGGGUGUACGUGUCGGACGUCCAGGAGUCGGUGUACUGUCUGAAGUACAAGCGACCCGAAAAUCAGUUGAUAAUUUUUGCCGAUGACACGCACCCGCGGUGGAUCACGUCCGCCACGCUGCUCGACUACGAUACGGUGGCGACGGGCGAUAAGUUUGGCAACAUUGCGAUCCUCCGUCUGCCGCACUCCGUUUCCGAUGACGUGGACGAGGACCCCACCGGCAACAAGGCGCUCUGGGACCGCGGGCUGCUGAAUGGUGCGUCACAAAAGGCGGAAAACAUUUGCACCUUCCACCUCGGGGAGAUCGUUAUGUCGCUGCAGAAAGCCACACUCAUUCCGGGCGGGUCCGAAUCGUUGAUCUACGCGACGAUGAGCGGUACGGUUGGGGCACUGGUGCCGUUCACUAGCCGCGAGGAUUACGACUUUUUCCAACACCUGGAGAUGCACAUGCGCAACGAAAAUUCACCACUUUGUGGACGCGAUCAUUUGAGCUACCGAAGCUACUACUACCCGGUGAAGAACGUGAUGGAUGGUGAUCUGUGCGAACAGUUUACGUCGCUCGAUCCUGCCAAGCAGAAGAGCAUCGCGUCCGAUCUGGGUCGAACGCCGAGUGAGGUGGCCAAGAAAUUGGAAGACAUCCGCACACGGUACGCUUUCUAAACGCGGCGGGGAGGCAGACGAUCCGCCAGACGAUCGGAGGCAAGGACGCGAUGUGUGGGGUUCUGGGGCGUUUUACUGUGUAUAUAGUAGCAAUAUUCCAAUGAUGGACAGUAUCGGAGAUGGACACAAUUUCUCUGUCAUAUUUAACAAGAUUCAAGAAUGAGUUGCUGUAGCGAAAUUCGCAUCGAUAAUUUAAUAAAGUGAUUCUACUAAACCUGAUGCGAGGAUUGGCUCGGUCAACAGAAAUAAGUUUAAGCUUCAUCUUCAAUCAUCACACGAAGCCCCACCUGCGAAAGCGGUUAUAUUAUUUCACAUUGAAACACAACUAUUACAACUUUUUCUUAUGACAUCUUGUAUUCGAUCACUCUUCGAUCGCUUCGAUCAUCAUAACCGGUUGAACUUGAGCUGAGCAUCUGGUCGGAAGUGCAUCUGUCUGCAAUUCAGAGUUGAAUAUGGUCCGCUAUAUUUUCGUAUCAACCACGCGGAUACGAUACUUGGUGCACAUUUUAGAUGUGAUUCAUGUAUAUGGACCAACAUAGAAAAAAGUGACUCUUUCCGGUACAACAUUCAACUGCUGUCACCGACGAAGGCGAAAAAAAUAUAUUUAAAAAAUUAUAAUUGUACAUAGGAACCGCUUGAAUGCAAAAUUUGCAAUAUCGAACCUUAAUCGUAGCACAACCGAAGCUGGCAAUAAGAGCGAUCUCCAAUCUCCCAGUAUGCAUCUUUCGAAGCCGCGAGGAUAUUAUGGAUUAAGUUUUAACACGGAACGGGGUUGCUUGUCCUCAUUAGUUAAUUUCUAACAUAAACACGUGGAUACUGCCGUAGGAAUAAGAUAUUUAAUUCGGAUUGCGAUACAUUUUAAAAUGCUAGUUAAUGAGAUAUUCAUCGCUACUCGAACCAUGCUCGCCGCCGUAUGACGAUUGUAAAGUUAGACGUCGUUUCCGGAAUAUCGUGUACCUC